AUGGUGGUCGGAGUGAGCAGGUUGUUCACCAGUAAGGUGUUUCGGAAAAAAAUACAUGAUAUCUUAAAAGUUGGCAUUGGUGGGACGCUAGCUUUUGGUGGCAUCAGCAUCUACUUUAAAAAUGAGAAGUUCUAUGAUUCACUGGUUAUGCCUAUGUUGCACAAGCUGGAGCCUGAAACAGCUCACAAUGUAGCAGUGAUGGCAGCCAAAUAUAACCUGGUCCCUGAGGUGAAUCUCAAGGAGUCAGAACUACUGGAGAGCAGAGUGCUGAACCUCCUCUUCAAGACCCCCAUUGGUCUAGCUGCAGGGUUUGACAAGAAUGGUGAAGCUGUAGAGGGUCUGUUCAAAAUGGGCUUCAGUUUUGUGGAAGUGGGUUCAGUGACUCCACUACCCCAGCCAGGCAAUCCCAAGCCACGUGUCUUCCGACUGAAAGAGGACUUGGCUAUCAUUAACAGAUAUGGUUUCAACAGUGACGGUCAUGAAGCUGUGUAUGAACGCUUAUCACAGUUACCUCCUCCAGGACACCGAAAAGCAGUACUGGGGGUCAACCUUGGCAAAAAUAAGAAUUCGGUAGAUCAUGUGCAAGAUUUUAUACUUGGAGUGAAGAAGUUUGGUCCAGUUGCAGAUUACUUAGUGAUCAACAUUUCCAGUCCCAACACACCAGGGCUAAGAAAUUUACAACACAGAGAAGAAUUAGGGAAGUUGGUGAGUGCAGUAGUGACAGCACGAGACAGUCUGUCAGGAACACACAAACCUCCACUACUACUGAAGAUUGCACCUGAUUUAUCUGAUGAUGACAAAAAGGACAUAGCUAGUGUCAUCUUAAAAAAUGAGAAUCGAAUAGAUGGGCUGAUAGUGAGUAACACAACAGUAACCAGACCACUGUGGCUGGAGAGUGCUGAGAGACAAGAAGUGGGAGGCCUCAGUGGCCAGCCCCUCAAGUCGCUGGCCACACACACAGUCACAGACAUGUAUCGCCUCACACGAGGAUUAAUACCUAUCAUUGGUGUGGGUGGUGUUGCAAGUGGCCAAGAUGCCUAUGAAAAAAUCUGUGCUGGAGCCAGCCUCGUCCAGGUUUACACCGGUCUUGUCUACCAUGGUCCACUUCUAGUACAUCGAAUCACUAAUGAACUUGAAGAUCUUUUGAGGGUUGGCGCCGUACUAGUACGGCUUAUGCACCAGGGUUGGUGCCAUACUAGUACGCAUAAAUUCUAGCGUCCUCAAAUCAAGCAGGAAAAGGCUGGUAGUCCUGGAUGUGAGAGAAUGGGUCUCCAUGGUCAGUGUGAGCAGUAUAAAAAAAAUUGGGGACCCAGUGGUGCACUGUGGGAAAGCCAUUUUAUUAC